AUGGUCUUCCUUUGCUUCUGGGCCCUUACGCUAGUUGCUUGCUGUACUACGUCUCUAGCAGAAGCCUCCGAUCUCUCACACCUACAUCCACCUCUGUGGGAUGAGAGUCCUGGUCAGUUCAGUGACUUCCAGGUGAAGAACAAUGUGUACAUUAUUAAUGCCUGGGUAUACCCUCAGAGAAUGGGGAUGUAUAAAAUCCUACUGAACCAGACAGCCAGGUAUUUUUCAAAAUUUGGACCAGAAAAUGAACAGAAUAUUUUAUGGGGAUUGUGUCUGCAGCAUGGCUGGCAAUAUAAUACAGGCAGGCUAGUUGAUCCUAGCAGAAGGACAUCCUGUGGCUAUGAAUCUGCAGAUCCUUUGUGCAUUUCCGUGGACAGCUGGUGGGCUGAUAUCAAUUAUUUUCUGAGUGCACUGCCCUUCCUUGCUGCGGUUGAUUCUGGCAUAUUGGGAGUAUCUCCACACCAAGUUAAACUUUUGCCACCUCCCAAGGAUCAGAUGAAGUUUUGUUAUGAUGUUGCUAGCUGUCAUUUAACUUUUCCUGAGAAAAUGAACAAGUGGAAUUUGUUUUACCAGUAUUUGCAGUCACCCUCUAGCAACUUUGAUGACCUGUUACAACACCUAUGGGCUGCACAUACCUCAAGCUUGGAGGGUAUAAGUGAACAUUUUGACGAUAGAAUGGCUUAUUAUUAUAAACCAGAAGCAGAAUUUGGUAAAAACUGGACAUUGGCUGUUGAAUAUUUAGCUGCAGUUCGCAUUCCUACAACCAUGAUUAGAGUGCAUGAAUCCCAGAAGGGCCUGCCACCACGAGUCCUUCUUGAUACCGAUGUGGCCCCAUUCAUCAGCGACCUGACUUAUUUUCAGAACACAGUGCUGUCAGUUUUAAAUAUUCUUUGUAGUGUUGAUCAAAUGACAGGUUCAUUAUCUUUGACCCUAUGGAAAAAUGUAAUGAAGGCACAAAUUGUAAGGAAGCUAGUUCUAGAUCUGCUCGAUUACUUCAUUGUUACUUAA